AUGUCAAAACGGGUGGUAGUGACAGGGUUAGGUUGUAUCACUCCACUGGGUACUUCAGUAAGACAAUCAUGGUCCAAUCUACUUAAUUCAAAUUCGGGAAUAACAAAUAUAAAGAAUUUACCAAAUUACGAAUCGGCGUAUAAACAGUUUAGUAAAAGUAUCCCAGAUACCGUAUCAGUAGCACCAGUGCAAUUAGAUGAGACUCAGUUUAAAUUUUUGUUUACUGAUCAAGAUAACAGAAGGUUAGCAAAAUUCUCUAAGUUUGCAACAAUUGCGACAUAUGAGGCUCUUCAAGACGCGGAUUUGUUGUGGAAAGAUGCUCAAAUAAGUGGGAAUGAUAAUACAAUUAAGAUAGACGAGUCUAAAUGUGACUUAGACCAUUUUGGGUGUGUAAUUGGCUCAGGAAUUGUAUCGAUUGACGAACUAUAUAACACUUCGUUACAACUCAAUGGAAAUAAAAAAAAAUACAAUCCAUUGUUCGUGCCUAAAAUAUUGACAAAUAUGGCUGCAGGUAACGUUGCGAUUAAAUUCAAUCUAAGAGGUCCUUGCCAUUCAGUAUCAACAGCAUGUGCAACAGGAAAUAACAGUAUUGGUGAUGCGUACAAUUUCAUAAGAUUGGGAAUGCAAGAUAUCUGUGUUGCUGGCGCUAGUGAGGCUUCUAUACACCCAUUGUCCCUUGCUGGUUUUAUUCGAGCUAUGAGCAUAACAACAGAUGGUAUUUCAAGACCAUUCGACAAAAACAGAUCAGGAUUUGUUUUGGGAGAAGGUGCGGGAAUACUAGUUUUGGAGUCCUUAGAAAGUGCAUUGAAGAGAAAUGCUAAGAUUUAUUGCGAAAUUAAAGGUUAUGGGAUUAGCUGUGAUGCAUAUCAUAUAACGUCUCCUUCUCCGCUUGGUGAUGGCGCUUCAAGAGCAAUCAAAAUGUCAGUUGGUAAUUCCGUGGAUAGUGUCGAUUAUGUAAAUGCUCAUGCCACCUCAACUAAAUUGGGAGACAUAGCCGAGGUAAGAGCUAUUGGCAACUCCUUAAAAACAUAUAGAAAACCAAAUAAUAGAAAUCUAUAUGUCUCUAGUAAUAAAGGUGCCAUGGGGCAUUUAUUAGGGGCAGCCGGAGCAAUUGAAAGCAUAUUCACCAUAAAAACUUUACAAGAAAAUAUAAUUCCACAUACUUUAAAUCUUGAAGAACUUGAUCCAGAACUUCAAGAGAUCAGUAACGGUAUAGAGUUUGUUGUUAACAAACCCAAACUUUCGCAUAGUUUACAAUCUGCGAUAUGUAAUAGUUUUGGAUUUGGAGGAAUUAACACAUCCUUACUCUUCCAAAAAUAUAUAUAG